AAAAAUGGAAAGGCCCACUUUUUCAUUAGACGGAUUCAGAUUAGAUCCUGCGCCAAGUAGGUGGAGGAAGGGUUGCAUAGAUUUUUCUCUUUCUCCUUUUGAGUUCGGAGUAAGUACUGUCUGCAUUUUCAAGUCCCAACGGUUCCACAAAUUUCUUCAUUUGUGAAAUUCGUUUUUCCAAUCUCUCAUCACGGAAAAUUUCGAACCACUUUUAGCUGUGUUUUCCACGGGAUGUGCAACCCUACGAUUUUUAUGACCAAAAAUAGUCUUGUUCAUAUUCGGCAAUCAAUGUUUUGCAAGAUCAGUUUUGAUGGUACUAAUGACACGCAUUUGCAGCUGAUGGGUUUCUCUCUCGACUAAUCUGUGCUUUUUCUGUGGAGUAUCUGUUCUUCUACAACAUUCUCUUUUAUUUCCUAUAUUCCCUUUCAUAUCUGAUCUGGACGAUUCUCUGGCACUCCACUUUGCACUGUUUGCUUUGUGUUGCUAAGCACUUGUUGCUAAACCUUGAAGAAUCUGGUUGUGUAUCGAUUGAUUAGGGGGCCAUUCGUCUGUUUCUUUUUUGUUUUCAGGUUCGUUUACGAGAUUGUUUCUCUUCAUAUGUAAAAGAAUCAUUGUGUAGGCUUGCACGCUGUCAUCUGGGUAUUUAGGUCACUGUGGCCGGGUCGUAACUUGAGAUAGAGACAAUUCCUGGGUAUUUGGAUUUAUUUCAGAAAUGGAAGAUAUAAGGCUGUAGGCCUGCCUCAGGGAGUCGGGGGUUUAAAUAAUGGGACCUCAAGGAGGAGCAAUCCAAGAGCUAAAGACGGCGUCGUCUUUGGCUCGGCAAGGUUCCUUGUACAAUCUGACUCUUGAUGAGGUUCAGAACCAGCUUGGAAAUUUAGCGAAACCACUAGGGAGUAUGAAUCUGGACGAGCUGCUCAAGAGUGUGUGGACCGCUGAAGCUGGUCAGGGUCAGGCCUCUGGGUUGGAUUCUCCUUCUGGUCAGCUUGCAUCAGAGUCGUCCCUGAAUCGACAGGGAAGCCUCACGUUAUCUGGGGAUCUUAGCAAGAAGACUGUUGAAGAGGUUUGGAAAGAUAUCCUGGAGAAGAAAAGCAUUAAUCUUGAUAGGAAAGCUCAAGGCAGGCAGCCUACACUCGGUGAGAUGACCCUAGAGGACUUUCUGUUGAAGGCAGGAGUGGCUGCAGAAUCUCUCAAUACAAAGAAUGAUGCUGUCAUGUCUGGAGUUGAUUCAAAUGUGGCUUCCAUGCAGAAUAUGUCACAGCAUGCUCAUUGGUUGCAAUACCAGCUGCCUCCAGUUCAGCAGCCAUCCCAGCACCCCCUUCAAAAUCAACACAAUAUAAUGGCUGGUUUCAUGGCUGGUCCUGCAAUUCAACCAUCUUUCCCAGUUUCAGUUUUGGAUCCAACCUACUCUGAGACCAUGGUGAAUAUGUCACCAUCUUCUUUGAUGGGUACAAUGUCAGAUUCACAAGCUUCAGGUCGGAAAAGGUUGGCAUCUGGCGAUGGGGCUGAAAAAACAGUGGAAAGGAGGCAGAAGAGGAUGAUUAAAAAUAGGGAAUCUGCUGCUCGAUCACGGGCAAGAAAGCAGGCUUAUACAAAUGAACUGGAGAUUAAAGUUAAGCGUCUAGAAAUGGAGAAUGAAAGGCUUAGAAGACUCCAUAUGCAGGAGAUGGAGAGGACAUUGCCGCGUGCUCCCCCACCUGAGCCUAAGCAUCAACUUCGCAGAACGAAUUCAGCGUCAUUUUGACAUUGUUGCUAAUAAAUGAUAGCUCUCAUUUGCAUUACUUAACUCCCGAGUUUGCUUGCAAUCGGAAGAUUGUGUCUCUGGGUGGCAUUUCGCUCGAAGCAAAGUAUUUUUUGUUUGUGCUACUGUUAAUCCUCUGCUAAUGCAUGUAUUUUUUUGCAUGUACAUUUUUAUGUUUGACUUCCAAGCUAUGCAGCAGAUCAUCUCUAUAAAUAUAACUGAAUCUAAUUUGGUGU